UUGUUAAUUUACUAAUUUAUUUUCCCUUUUCCCUUGCAAAAGCUAAGAAAUUAACCAUGGAUAUCAAGCUCGAGGAAGAAUCAAGUAUUAUUUUUUUCUCUUUCCUCUGACCUUCUCUGAUUUUGACCAAUGGCAUCUGGCCAGGUUCUAUUUCACAUUGUAAGGUGUCCAUCAACUGAUCUCAUCUCCUAAAUUUGUUUGGAACAGUGCAAACUUAAAACAAUUCAAAAUAGUCGGAGAGAUUUUUCUUCAUAUGGAAAAAAGGCAAAACAUGGCAGGCCGAGAUUCUACAUAUAGUAAUUAGUGAUCACACAUAUAGAUGGAUACCCUCCAAUGAGAUUUUCAGCUUCUGGCUUAGAAUUUGAUGGCCUGUUUCUUGCAACUUUAAUCACUUUCUUCUCUGAGACCGAGAACCCAACUCCAUUUCAUCACCAUAUAUCUCAGGUAUCAGUUACUUCUAAUUAAUUUCGUCUCUCUAUUUUUCCAGUCUUAACUUUAGAGAGAUGGGGUUCUUUUGUUUCUUUCUAAAUUGAAAUGAUAUAAGCUAGACUGUUCUUGUCUUUUUGAUCAUGCUAGGUCUGACUCAACCAAAAAGAAUCCAUGGAGAGGAACAGUUUUAGUAACAGCUUGAAAGACCAUAGUAUUGGCAAUAAUGCCAUUAAAGAUAGCAGCAACACCCAGAACAACUACAAGCUUAAGGAUUCAUCAUGGAGCAGUAGCAAUCAAGGUUUUGGAGAAGAUUAUCUAGCUGGGUUUUCAUGGCCACCAAGAUCUUACACUUGCAGCUUCUGCAAGAGAGAAUUUAGAUCUGCUCAAGCUCUGGGUGGUCACAUGAAUGUUCACAGGAGAGACAGAGCCAGGUUAAGAGAGUCACCUCCAAGGGAUCAUGGUCAGCCCCCUUUUCUGAACCUUAACCUCAACCAUAACCCUAACCCUAACCCUAAUUUCUCUUCUUCAUCCUUUGUUUCUUCUCCAUUCUCUUCCACAUUACCUUCCCUGCUUGUUUCUCCUCCUCAAUCUUCUGCUUUCCCUUGUGAAAUGAAAAAAUGGCUAGUGAAAGGUACCCUCAUCGAUCCUUUGAGCUCAAAUGGCACGGAUUCGAGCAGCAUAAAGGGUAAAAAAUCAUUUUUUGGAGUCAAAGAAUUCAAAGAUUACGGGUGUAAUAAUAAGUUCCUGAAGAAGAAGACUGAGUAUGUAGAUUUGGACUUGGACUUGGAGAUUGGUCUGGUUAGUGAUUCCAAGGAAGAUUUGGAUUUGGAACUUCGUUUGGGAUACUCUUAA